AAUACUAAGCAUUGUGAGAGCUGCCUUCUAUCAUUAUGAGGAUGACGCUGUUUUUAUAAUCAUGCUGAUGAAGAGCCACCAGAGCUCUAUCCUGAUUCGUUAUGAUGAUUGAUGAAGAUGCCAUUGAAAAAUAAUUCAGGAGCAUCUUGCCAGUGGCAGUGGAUUUCCAAAGGCGACGAUCAACGUGGGAGAUCCACGCUCACAGCCGCGGGCCUGGCGCCGGGUACCCGCGCGGCGCUCGAUUUCCUUCCCUGCCUCGGCCGCCCGCGGCGCGCAUGCUCAGUCCAGCGCGGCCCUCGCCUUUGAUUGACGUGUUCUGGGCGGCCGCGGCGACCCGGCACUGGCUCGGGGAUGGGAAGCAAAGCCCCGGGAGCUGCGGCGGCGGCGGCGCCGGCGCCGUAAGGAGCAGCCCGGGGAGGCAGCUGCGGCUCGUCGGUGAGUAUCUGAGAAGCGCCACCAUGGCGUUUCGUAAGAAGAGCACCAAGAACCCCCCAGUCCUGAGCCAUGAAUUCAUCCUGCAGAAUCAUGCGGACCUCGUCGCCUGCGUGGGGAUGUUCUUCGUGCUGGGGCUUAUGUUCGAGGGAACAGCAGAAGCCUCUAUCGUUUUUAUUACCCUCCAGCACGGUGUUACCUUUCCUGCAGCAGACGAACGAGCCACGGAAUCAAAGUUCCUUUAUUAUUAUGGCAUCAAAGAUUUGGCCACGGUUUUCUUCUACAUGCUAGUGGCAAUAAUCAUUCACGCCACAAUUCAGGAGUAUGUGUUGGAUAAAAUUAACAGGCGAAUGCAGUUCCCUAAAGCGAAACAAAGCAAAUUCAAUGAAUCUGGUCAGUUUAGUGUAUUCUACUUCGUUUCUUGUAUCUGGGGCACAUUCAUUCUAAUCUCUGAAAACUGCCUGUCAGACCCAACUCUCUUAUGGAGGUCUCAUCCCCAUAAUAUGAUGACAUUUCAAAUGAAGUUUUUUUACAUAUCACAGUUGGCUUACUGGUUUCAUGCCUUUCCUGAACUCUACUUCCAGAGGACCAAAAAACAAGAUAUCCCUCGUCAACUUGUCUACAUGGGGUUGCACCUCUUUCACAUUGCUGGCGCUUAUCUCUUGUACUUGAAUCACCUGGGACUUCUUCUUUUGAUGAUGCAUUACUUUGUUGAAUUACUUUCCCACAUUUGCGACCUGUUUUAUUUUAGUGAUGAGAAGUACCAGAAAGAGGUUUCUCUGUGGGCAGUUGUCUUUAUUUUGGGUAGACUUGUGACUUUAAUUGUUUCAGUGCUCACUGUUGGCUUUCACCUGGCCGGAGGGCAGAAUCGGAAUCCGGAUGCCAUUACUGGAAAUGUCAACGUGUUGGCAGCUAAAAUUGCUGUUCUGUCAUCCAGUUGCACUAUCCAAGCAUACAUCACAUGGAAUUUAUUUAAUGUCCAGCUUCAGAGAUGGAUGGAAGAAGAUGCUACUCUUCAGGCUCCAAGUGUGAAAAAGAAACGGACUAAAGGCAGGUCUUCUAGAAAAGGAACAGAAAAUGGUGUGGCAACUUCAAAUAGAGUAGACUCUCCCUAUAAGAGGAAAGAGAAGUCUUCAUAAUAAUGAAUUGCGAACUAAUUGGUUUAUGUUCACAAAGAAGUCUGCUCUCUGCUAUAAGACACUUUCUGUGCUAGAGAAUUCUCUGUUCUAGAAAAUAGUUUGUGCUGUCUUUGAUUUUUGCUAUUGUACUGUGUAACAUUUCUUUCAAAGACAUUUCCAGGGAGGAUGAUGAUUAUGAGUGGAAAAAAAUUUGUUUUAGACUAAGCUACUCCCCAUCAAAAUGGUUUAGGGAUCACCACCAUAUUUUGUUUUGAUUUUUAACUUUGAACAUUUUCCCAAUGAUCUGUAGAGAUAAUUACAAAAUUCCACAUAUCAGUGACAGAAUUUCUUGCCCCCACCAAUCUUUUACAACAUUAACAAGUUGGUCUAUUAGAGCAGUCGUAGUUUUCAUGUUGUCCUUCAGGGAUAAAAUGGAAAUAUAAAGGUAAAAGUCAACUUCAUUAAGUUUCCAGUAUCCUCUAAUUCUUAGAUUUUUUGGGGGGUGGGGGAAGGGAUUUACAACUGGAGAAAAGAUUUGUAAAACCACCAAAAUAAUGAUGUGUUUUAUAGGCAGUCAUUGUUGCUGUUAACAUCUCUAUUAAAAAAACAAAAUAGUAAUGGAUAACAUGUGAUUUAUUGCCAUUUAAUGAAUCAAAAUAUCUCGAAUUAAUAAAAAAGUAGUACUGAAGAGGUAAAAUUAUUCUUGUCCAUUUAAACACUUGUAAACUGGAAAUCAGAAAAUUAAAUAUUUACUGAAA